AUUAAGCCUUCUUUUAUAGGGGAAAAAUCCCCCCCAAACUUAACUCCCAACCAAUGUGGGACUUUGGCAUUUUGUCAAACUUCAACAAGUUAGGCUACUGCGGUACAUUUGUUGCUACAUAUAAACUAUCUACAGCCUUGGUGAAAACUCAACCAAAAAGGCUUUACAUUUUCACUUCUGCUUCAAUCUUAAUUUGGUAUCAAGAGCCAAUUUUUUCUUUUUUUUUCCUGGCACCAUGACUAUUUCUCCCAGUCCACUGCUAAUUCCGCUACAGUUCAGCCAUCUUCUUCCACAUCAACACACCUUUCUAUUAUUGAUUCCAAAUCUCAAACUGUGAGUCCUCCUAGUUUACCAAUAAAACUUGAUCGGGACAACUAUUACCUUUGGCAAUCCACUAUUUACACUGUGUUUGAAGCCUUCGAUUUAGAGGCUCAUCUUGACGGAUCUGACAUUCCUUCCCCCACCAUUGCUACAUAAAAUGCAAUCACUUCCGAACCUACAGCUAAUCCAGCUUUCAAAGCAUGGAAGAAAAGAGACAAAGUUCUCCUCCUUUGGCUCAAAACCACCAUUUCCCAGUUCAUCCUACCACAUUUCAUGCACAUCCGUACCACUCAUAAGGCUUGGUCCUACCUUUCCAACCUUUAUCAAUCCCAAUCACGUGCCCGAGUUAUGAAACUUCGCCAUCAACUUCAAACCACGACUAAGGGCUCUUCCUCUGUCAUGGAAUACGUUGACAAGAAACGCACAAUUUCCCAUAGCCUAGCCCGUGCUGCACAUCCUAUCACGGACGAAGAACUAAUGAUCUCUAUUUUGUUCGGUCAAAACUCUUCAUAUGGCCCUUUUCGCUCAGCUAUUAAUGCUCAACUUGAAACCCUCACAACUGAUUCUCUUCUUGGUUUACUUCUCCAGGAAGAGGAAAAACUUGCAGAGGAACACAAAGCUUUUCAACUUCAGGCCAAUGUCCUCUCUCGCCAAUAUCCUAGCCGUCCUCCAUCCAUCGGACAAUCCAACCAGCAGUCACGACCAAACAAUGGCCAAAGAUCCUUUACUCGGACAAAUAACAACCCUUCUCGUCCUAAUAGUCGUUUCUCUACUCGCAUUAUAUGUCAGAUUUGUGAGAAGCCUAAUCACCAUGCCCGAAAUUGCUACAAUUGUAGCAACAUUGAUGCCUAUCCUCCAAACAGAUCCUCUAACCACCCACAAGCCAAUAUGGUCACUCCCUCAGCUAAUACAAUUUCUCCUUCUGCUAUUGUUGACAAUUCAUGGUUCAUUGAUUCCAGUGCAUCUAAUCAUGUUACGUCAGAUUUAUCUCAACUCUCUAUUCAUACGGGCUAUGAUGGUGACGAGCAACUUGCUGUAGGAUCUUCAGGGAAAAAUAUUGCUUCGAGGGACAAUUGAUCAUGGCUUAUACCGUCUGAAUGGUGGGGUUCCUGUUGUCUCCUCCAAGUCCUCCUCACCCAUGGCUCCUUGCACUUUUGUCUGUUCUCGUGCAUCGCUCUAAGCGUGGCAUGAACGUCUUGGUCAUCCUCAUGAGCAGCUUUUACGUCGUUUAGUAUCUACUUUUGGUCUGCCAUUAUCGUCAAAUAAAAUGUCCAGUAUCUGUGGAUCAUGUCAAUUAGGAAAAAGCCAUAGGCUCCAUUUGCCUUCUUCGUCAAGUCGUAGUUCAUCUCCCUUUGAUUUGGUGUACUCUGAUGUGUGGGGACCUACUCCGCAUCUCUCAAUUAAUGGAAAUAAGUAUUUUGUUCAAUUU